ACCCAAGAGGAAAACGCUUCUCUCCUCAAAGAAUUUGAAGUCUUUAAAGCCAAAUCCAAAGCUUGGGCUUUUGAGGAUGGCAUAGAGAAGGCCGAGCAAGAGCUUGCUCAACAAGUUUUGUUAUCGAGGUGGGGCGUUGUUCCGAAACAGGGAACCCGAUGUGGAUCUUCCCUCACCAUUAUACACGUGGAACAAUAA